AUGAAUACAUUAUCAAUACGUGAUCUUUGUUGUCUUUUUUGUUGUCCACCUUUACCAUCACGUAUAGCUGCUAAACUUGCUUUUCUUCCACCGGAACCAACUUAUUCAUUAUUAGUUACUGAUAAUUCUACAUUAAUAAAUGGUACACAUGAUCAAAUUUUAUCAACAUCAAUAAAACCUAUACAAACUGAUUCAUCAACAUCUUCUCAUUAUAGAAUAUUUUUUUCUGAUAAAGCUGAAUGGCAACAUUCAACAAAUGAAAUUUCUAAAUUAGAACCAUAUUUUGUAACAACAUCUCGUCAUAAUCGUAUUGCAUGCAUUUAUGUUAAUUGUACACCAAAUCCAAAAUAUUAUAUUUUAUUUAGUCAUGGCAAUGCUGUUGAUCUUGGUCAAAUGGCUAGUUUUUUUAUUGUUUUGGGUGCACGUUUACAAUGUAAUAUAUUUAGUUAUGAUUAUUCCGGUUAUGGUGCAUCACAAGGAAAAGCAAGUGAAAAAAAUAUGUAUGCUGAUAUCGAAGCAGCAUACAAAUCUAUUAAACAACGAUAUCAUAUAUCUGAAUCGAAAAUUAUUCUCUAUGGACAAAGUAUCGGUACUGUUCCAACAAUAGAUUUAGCUUCACGUUAUAAUGAUUGUUGUGUAGCAUGUAUAUUACAUAGUCCAUUAACAUCAGGCAUGCGUGUAGCAUUUCCUGAAACAAAACGAACAUGGUGUUGUGAUGCAUUUCCUUCAAUAGAUAAAAUUCAUCGAAUACGUUCAAUUGUUUUAAUUAUACAUGGAACAGAUGAUGAUGUUAUUGAUGUAAGUCAUGGUUUUGCACUUUAUAAUCGAAUACAUAUACAACAUCAAACUGAUCCAUUAUGGGUUGAUGGUGCUGGUCAUAAUGAUAUUGAAGCACAUGGUCAAUAUGUUGAAAGAUUAUUACGAUUAAUUGAUAUCGACAUUCCACAAAUAUAUUUAAAAACACAAGAACAAAUACAACAACAACCAGAACAAACAACAUCAGCUCAAUCUACACUUGCAUCAACACUUAUUAUACCAGCAUCAACAACAACAACAACAACUAAUGGAGCAAAUUAA